AACAUGAGGUGAUGAACCAAGAAAGGGGCGUCAUAUGACAUGUCCAGUUAAACAAGAGGCAUAGCAAUUGCUGACAGGUUGCUGCUAGAGCUCUAUAUAAAGCUAAACAGACUACAUACUUCCAGCCACUCACCAAGAGUUCCAAGCCUCCCAAGCUCCCACAUAAACUAGGGAGGCAGCUAGCAAGAGAGCAGAAAUAUGGUUGACACUAGAGUGCUGGUUGUGUUUGCCCUCUUGCAGAUCACUUGCUUCCUCUUUCAUGAUGUCUCAGCAGCAACCUGCCAUGCCAGUGGCUUCAUUCCUGGCAAGGGACGAAACUGCGACAGGGAGAUUGGUUUGGACAGAUGCUGCGUCGCAGGCAAGCGCUAUCCGCAGUUCAGGUGCUCGCCCCUGGUGUCAGCCAAGACACCAGCUAUCCUGACAUUCAAUAGAUUUGAGAGUGGUGAGGAUGCAACCAGGAUCACAUCUUGCGACAUGCGCUUUCACAGAGACAAAGAACUGCUGGUCAUAUUGUCCUCUGGUUGGCUGAAACUUGACGGCACGAACCGCUGCAACAAGAAGAUCCGUGUCCGUGCCAAUGGAAGGUCUGUCCUGGCCAAGGUCGUUGAUGAAUGUGACUCAUUUCACGGCUGCGACGAGGAGCACGCCUUUGAGCCCCCAUGCCGCAACAACGUAUUGAACGCUUCGCCGGGGGUGUGGAAGGCUCUCAAGCUCAAUGCAAGCAUUGGAGAGGUAAAGGUCACAUGGUCUGAUGUCUGAGCUAGGCCACGGUGAUGAGCAUGACAUGCAUUGCAGUUCGCCUGCUCCUACUGGCAGCUUCUAUAUAAGCCAUGUCUUGGUACAGUAUAUGUCACUGUUCCAAAAAUUAUGCCUU